UUUCCUCUGCCUCUGGGUCCCUUAAAAGCAGCAGGGCAAGCCCCAGGGCUCCCGGCGGGUGCAGGAGGGUGCGAGGCUAGGUGGCACUGCCCGCCUGGUGCCACCGCACUGUGACAGUGGCCUCGGAGCCCCGGGAGGCAGAGUGGCACUGCCUGCCUGGUGGCACGGCACUGUGACAGCGGCCUCGGAGCAUCGUCCAGGGCUCCUUGGUCCCCAUCCUCCCAGCAAGCACGGACCAAACCCCAAAAGCAAUCACUGAGGGGGAAAAAGCGCAACGUGAGAGGUAAAAUGAAAGACCGGCUUUUUGAGAAUAGCUGCUGGAAGCUGUGACGGAUCAGGAGAGCUGUGCAUUGCCACGCAGCUCCUGCAGACCCUAAGGCAUCGGGUCAGCCUCCCAGCGAGUGCAUGCAGAGGCGUGGGUGCAGCAGCGGAGGAUGGAAGUGCUUCGCCGAUCCUCAGUCUUCGCUGCAGAGGUGAUGGAGGUGUUCGACAGGUCUCCCACUGACAAGGAGCUUGUGUCCCAAGCUAAGGCCCUCUGCAGAGACUACAUAAAUUCGAGGCUGGUUCGAGCAGGUGUCAGCUGGAGCAAACCCGAGUGCAAUGCGCCAGUGCCUGGUGGUAAGCUGGCCGAGGUGUCUACCAUACUGCUGCGGCUGGGAGAUGAGCUGGAAUACAUUCGCCCCAACGUCUACCGGAAUAUCGCCCGCCAGCUGAAUAUCUCGCUGCACUCGGAGACGGUGGUGACGGACGCCUUCCUGGCUGUAGCGGCGCAGAUUUUCACCGCAGGCAUAACAUGGGGCAAAGUGGUGUCUCUCUAUGCGGUGGCAGCGGGGCUGGCGGUGGACUGCGUGCGGCACGCACAGCCGGCCAUGGUUCACACUAUCGUCGACUGCCUGGGAGAGUUCGUCCGCAAGACCUUGGUGACAUGGCUGAAAAGGCGAGGAGGCUGGGCAUGGCCGAGAAACGGACACUUUGCCUUGUUGAUGUAGGAUGAAGGAAGUGCCUUUCAUAGAGCUCUCGAGCCUGAUCUAGUAACCUGCUGUGCUUAGAAGUUGUCAGGGCAAGUGGCUGUGGCUGUUCACUGUGUGGCAAAGUGGUGCAAAGCACCGUGUUGGUGUGGGAGUGUCUGUUUGGUGGCUGACACAGUUCUGGGCAUCUCUGAUGAUCUCUGCUCCCUCUUCCUUAGGCAGACAUCACGAAGUGUGUUGUGAAUACUGACCCCAGCCUUCGCUCCCACUGGCUCGUGGCUGCUGUUUGCAGCUUUGGGCACUUCCUCAAGGCGAUCUUCUUCGUGCUGCUGCCUGAGAGAUGAACCCGAGCUGCCCGCAGCAGCCCCAUGCCCCAUCUCCUCCCCCACUCCAGAAGCAGUGGAAAUGGCAGCCUCUGAAGAGGAGGAAGAGAAGAACCGGGACAAACAAAAGGCUUGUUCUCCUCUCCCUUCAGCUGGCAGCAGCUGACCGACCACAGUCUCCUUCUGGCAGCCGCAGGAGCCUCUCUCACCCUUAUCCUUUCAAGAGCCUCAUUUUCCUGAGUGACUCGUGGGUACGCCCCAGGCAUCGCCAGUCCCUGGGCACGCUGACUGCGGCACUGUCAGACCUCUGUUCCUUACGACCGUGUUGCAUGCUUAUGCUAGUGCCAGGCAGAGGGGAGGAGGAAGGGGCUAGUAUUUGAAACGGAAUAGAAAUAAGAGAGGGGGAGCAUCCCUCCCUCACUGCAUGCGAUUCGCCUCUUGGUGCUCAGACUUGCCUUGUGUCAGUUCUUGUUGUUGCACUCGUGUUUGAACUCCACCUCCUCCUUCCAGUCUGCCUCUGGCUUGUUGGGCUCUCCCCAUGGCACAGCAUGCCACAGGGGAUCAUUCAGCAGCAGGUUCUUCAUGGGAUGAAACAAAUGUCUGUCGUGAGAUGCUUCUCCCUCUGACGCACCCUGGAAAUGGCGUUUUGGGGCUGUGUGGGGGGCAGGACCAGAGGGUGUGUGAUGAAUUGGUAAGGGUUUUGCCCUGACCUCUCCUGCUGCGCUCACACGCAAUGUUUGAAACGGGGGAGAGAGGGACAAUGCCUUCAACCAACAGCUCGGGUUUGGAUUUUAUAAUGAAGACAAAGCUAAAUGUGUGAGUAGGAAAGGCUGGGGGACGUGGUCAGAAAUUAGGGAAAGAGUAAGUGAGCUGCCUGAUGUUGUGAAGGGGGAAAGCUGUGUCAAAAGCAACUGGUAUAUGUUUCUCCUUUAAUGUCAUUGGAAGUACAACCUGCAGUCUUCUUUGUGGCAAAAAAUAAAAGAAAAUAGGUGGUGUUUCACUAUUGCAAAGGGUAUUGUAUUUGUUUCCAGAGUUAAAAAUUCCUAAAAAGGCCAAAACAGUGCAGAGACAAAUACUUAGGCCAUGCUAAAAAUACUCCAGCUUUUUCCCUAGUAGAACGUGUUAACGUGUUAAAACGACAACUCCCCUGGUUCCUGCUCAGAACUUAACCCAUGUUGCUCCCCUGUCAUGUCUCCUGCCAUGGGAGGCACCCUGCUCAGUGCCUUGCUCCUAGGAGCACGGCCUCUCAGAAAAACACUGCUCUGCAUGAACAACACGGGGCAUUAUAGGAGUUUUUGCUGUUAUUUAUUUAUUUUUUUCCUGAUUUCCCUCCCCACGCCCUGCGUUUGGAGGGACUUCACAGUUUUCUUCCAGAAAUUAUGAAUGGGUUUGAAAAUAGAGCAAGGUAUUUACUUGUCAGGACGGAUCCCUGCGAGCAGUGCUGUGCUCUGACCAACAGAGCUGCCAGCCGAGGUGUGUGGGUGUUCACAGCAUUGCGCAGUCCUGCCUUUUACUGGUCUAGACAUUUCUUUUUACUGCUCUAGCCUUUUCUUUUCACUGCUCUAGCCUUUUGCACAUGUGCUGCUCCCCCAACAACACGAGUACGGGGCUUUGCCUGUUUCACUGCGCCUGUAGUGAAGAGUGCUUUACCAGAUCACUUCACUGCUACUUUUUCAAUAGUAAAGUAAUCCUGAUGCAGGGAAACCCCUAGAAGAGAACGUGGCCCUGCAUCCCCAGUCCCCAGGAGCACUCCCCUGCUGUACCAAGGCUGGGUGCUGCCUAGACACACUUUGGCCAUGCUACUGAAAUCUGGGGGGUUUUCUGCUGGUGGAGUUCUUUGCAUGGAUACAGCCGAUGUUGCCCUGAGGUGGGUGCAGUUUUGUCUGGGUAAAGCUUGCAGCAGUUCCCCAGAUAAAACCGAGCUGCCUAAGGACUUUUUUCUUCCGUGCUGACAUAAUCCUGUUGGCACUAGGGGUUUUGCUGGCACCUCUCCCACUUGGGAUUUUCUCCUGUAGAUUCCUGAUGGAUCCGGCUGUACAAACAGCCCGGGUAUAGUGCACACGGUGAGCUCAGCUAAACCACCAUUUGAGCAGCACGGAGAGGAUCCCUUCAGAGCUGUAAUAAAUGCAGUAAAAGCAGCAUACUGGGGGGAUGUGGCUUCGUUGUUGUAAAAAAGCUUCUGAAAAAUUAUGAGAAGAUUUUUGAUAUCUGGAGGUAGCCCUGUCAUGACUUGGACAGUUCAGCAGCUGGUGAAAUGCAGCUUGCCUUGCCAUAUCUCGUGUUUGAUGAGGUGUGUGAGAAGUGAUGGAGCUAGCACAGUUGUACACUGCAGCUGUAAAGACCUUUCUCAAUUUAAAUGCUGUUUUUAAAUGUAGUACUUUAGGCUAUGACUGCUUUUUUGCAUAAGUAAGUGAUAUCAGAGAGACUAUUAAGGACCAUAAAGAGUUAAAUGCACCAAUUAAGUCAGUUUAACAAAAAGAUAAGAAUGAUAAGCCAAAUAAAGCAGCAUUGCUAGAAAGGAAUGUGUGUGGGUGGGAAGGGGGUUGCACACACAGGCAAAGUUUCAGGCUGGAAACUGCUUAUAGGGAAGAUCCCCGUGGUGGAGAUCCCCAUGAGCAGGUUUCAGCCCUUCACCUGCACCCAAAAUACAGUGCCCCUCAGGCAUCCUGGGUGCCAGGAGGUUGCAGGGUUCACGAUUAUCUCACUUGUGUGUGUUUUUUAAGAGUCGAAUGCACAGGAGACAGCCGAGACAGGGGCUCGGGGAGAGGCUGAGGCAGCUGUAAAAGUGGGGUGAUGCUUUCAGCCUGCUUGCCCCAUGGGCUUUCCUUGUGGAAAACCCACGCAGUGUGCUGCUGGAGAGAGAACCUUAAGCUAGAGGCUCUCAUGCCAUAGCAGCGAUUCCUAUCUUGGCCUGAGAUUUUGGAGCUGCAGUUGUGUGUCUGCAUCUGCUCCCAUCCAACCUCUCACUCCUUGUGCAAUAACCACAUCGGCACCAGUCUUGCUACCAAAAUAAACAGUGAGCAGAACUGCACACACCGUUGUGCAUUUGGGAAGCAACAAUCCUGAGCCUGACUCAGUCAAGUAUUUAUGCCGUGUUCAAAUUUAGUUGUAAUAUUUAGGCAUUUCAGAGUACUUCCAGAGGUGCUUUACAAUCUCAACAAGUCUAUGGGUCUAUGACUUUACGUUCUUCUGUUCCAGCCAGUCCUACCUGAUGGGAGACAUCGGGUUGGCUGUUUAUCACCCAAGAAAACAUUUUCCUUUUUACACAGUUGGUGAAGGUCCUGGGAGCCUGUCUAAUUUAUGUAGCUGCUAAAGAAAAAGUAAACCGUAUUUCUGAUGCUGGACAAUGAAGAACCAGGAAAUGUGGCAAUGGGGCUGCCCUUCACCCUGCUAGCCAGCAGUCCCUCAGCUCACAUAAAAUCUCAUGAAGCUUCUGCCUCUUUCUUUGCUGUCACCCCAAGACAGGCUGAGGCACAGCAGGGAGCGGGGGCUAUUGCAACGGAGGCAGGGGAGAUGCCUGGGGAAUAGCGGGAGGAGGAAGAAAGGGUUGGAGGGGGGAAAUGGCAUCUUAAAUAUUUCAGUGGAUAUAGAGUACUUUGCAAAUGAGUGGGCUGUGCAUUAUUACAGCAGGGAAUGUCAAGGUCAGAGAGAGGAGCCUGCAGGAACCUCAGCUUUGCUUUGUUCACAGAAGAGCUUGUCCCAAUAGGAUUUAUCCCUGCCUCUCUGCGCCGUCUGUUUUCAGAUUCUUGGUAAUUGAACUAUAUUCAUUCAGUGGAAAUACUUGCUUUAUCAGAAAGGUAGGGAGCAGAAAAGCUGCCUUCGCUUGGGUGUUUCAAAGACAGGCAUUUGAGAAAUGUUUAUCGUGUCCUAGACCUGAUAUUUUUCACCCCCAGCCUCACCUACGCUGCUCCCUUGUCAAACCCUGGUAGUCAGUUCGCCUUCUUCAAAACAACUAGAGAAACCGAAGUGGUCUCCAAGUCUCUCAGCAGAUGCCACGUGUUCCCGCACUGCCUUUUCUCUUGUAAAUGGAAAGAAAACAAUUUGUGAAACCCCUAAUUUAUCAGACUUGCAUCUGGAUUAUAUACUGAAGUACAAAACAAUAGAGUCAGGGAGCAAUGCUAAGGUUUCCUGGAAAAUUGCAAUACCAAACUUCCUCAUUUUCAGUCCUGUUGUUUAGAUCUUGAGACAAAGCUCUGCCUCCGUUUUUGUUAUUCUUCUUUUAACAUGCAAGGUCUGAGAGUGGCUUUUGUGUGCGAUUAAACUGAAAAUGAAGCAUCUCGAGUCUCUCAGAAGGCUUUCUGGAAAGAUCGGACCACUGAGGGGUUCUGAUCUUGACAAGAGCUUUCUUCACGUGGCUCUCUUCCACAUGUGGUUCCUUGAAUUUCUUCACUGUUGUUGUUUUUCAGCCUAAAUUUUAUCAUUUUUCAUAGCUAUAAAUCACCAUGGUUUAAUUAUUUUCUUAGAGCAGCAUGAAAACAAAACACAUCACUAAACUGAAGACAAGGAAACAGGAAUUUAAUGUACUGCUGGCUGGGUCUAUGAAUUUCUUCUAUCCAAGUGGUUUGACAGAUGGAGUUUAAAUACUUCCUCGGAAAAGCCUGUAACCUCUUCAACUCUAAACAUCUUGACCCACUGGGAUUAUGAGCCUGUAGCAGAGCUCUAUUGAACUUUAUACCAGUAUCCAGGACCUGGAAGUGAAUUGCACGUUCAACCAGAGGCUGUGGGAAAUAGAGUGCUCCUGGGUCAAUCACGAGACAUGCAGUGGAUGUCCGGGCGAGGUCAUAUGAAAAAAACUUUCCCCUUCCAAAAAAAAUAAAAAGAGAGGAAAAAGAGAGAGAAAAAAAGAGAAAAAGAAAGAGAAGAAGAAGAAGAAGAAGAAGAAGAAGAAGAAGAAAGAAAAAGAAAGAAAAGGAAAAAGAAAGAAAAAGAAAAAGAAAAAGAAAAAGAAAAAGAAAAAGAAAAAGAAAAAGAAAAAGAAAAAGAAAAAGAAAAAGAAAAAGAAAAAGAAAAAGAAAAAGAAAAAGAAAAAGAAAAAGAAAAAGAAAAAGAAAAAGAAAGAAAAAGAAAGAAAAAAGAAGAAGAAGAAGAAGAAGGA